AUGGCCAAGCGUCUCAUCCCCCUCCUCGACCGCGUCCUGGUGGAGAAGAUUGUUGCUCCCACGAAGAGCGUGGGCGGCAUCAUCCUCCCGGAGUCGGCCGUGUCGAAGAUUAACGAGGCUAAGGUCCUCGCGGUGGGCCCGGGCAGGCGCGCGGCGCAGAAUGGCGAUCUCAUUCCCAUGGGUGUGAAGGUUGGUGACAGCGUGCUACUGCCGGACUACGGCGGUCAGAAGGUCGACCUCGGGGACAAGGACAAGGAGCUCUUCCUCUACAGCGACCAGGAGAUCCUCGGUGUGGUCGAGUCAAACUGA